AUGUCUUCGCAAAUUCCCACUCAUACCAACGCGUUAAUCGUCAAAGGCAAGGGACAGACUGCUGUCCAGCAGGUCGACACGCCCCAGCCCAAUGACAAGCAAAUUCUUGUCCAAGUGCAUAACGUAGCUCUUAACCCAACGGACUGGGCGCAUAUUGACUUUUUUCCGCAGGUCGGCUCAACCGUCGGUUCUGAUUAUGUCGGAACAGUCGUUGAGAAAGGAUCCAAGGCCGGUACGGAAAUUACUGUUGGCGACCGGGUGGCUGGCGCUGUCCACGGUGCUUGGGAAGUGGGGGUCGGGGCCUUUGCUGGAUACCUGACGACGGUGCCCGAGUCAGUGACGCGCAUACCUAGCAAUGUGCCCGACGAAGAAGCCGCGGGUAUUGGAAUUACUGGGUACACUGCCUACUUCGGUCUCUUUCAAAGCCAGCAUCUCGGCCUCACUCCGCCCGAGCCAACGCUCACGUCGCUGCCACCGGUCGACAAGACGAAAAAGCUGCUGGUGUGGUCGGGUGCCACUUCUGUUGGCCAGUUUGUCAUUCAGUUUGCGCGAGCCACCGGGUUAUAUGUAAUUACGACGGCGUCGCCAAAGCACCACGACUUCCUGCACGAACUCGGUGCGGCAGAGACAUACGACUACUCGGACGAAACAACGCCAGAAAAAAUCUCCGAGGCACACCCUGACCUUGUGUAUGCAUACGAUACCUUUUCGGAAAAAGGUUCACAAGAAGCUAGUGCGCGUGCGCUUUCCAAAACCCAGUCUUCAAAGCUGCUUGUCAUCCUCGCGCCCAGCAACGAAAUCAGCAAUAUUAACAAAAAUAUCAAGGCUACGUUCUUCCUAUUCUACUCGCUGGGUGGCCAACAAAUCGAUAUUUACCACCAACACGUCUCCCAGGAGCAAGCAGACAACGACUUUGCAUACUUGUCCAAGUUUACUAGCAGCGGCACUUUUACAAACUUGCUUGCGCACGGCCUCGUGAGGCCGAAUCGCACAUCGCCCCAGACGGGUGGUCUCCAGGCGAUCCCUGCGGGCUUGGACCGAUUGCGCAACGGUCAAGUGUCGGGUGAAAAAUUCACCUAUGCUGUCCAGUAG